GAUCUGAGGGGUUUCCCCCACACACACAACAGGGAAAGCUCUCGCUCUUGGAUUUGCCUUGGGAUUUGCCAGUGAAGCUCGCGGAGGCAUGGUCGCUCUGAAGAUGCUCCCGCUCAAGCUGCUCUUGGUGGCCGUGGUCCUCUGCUUCUUCGAGGGGGAGGCCCGCUUUGGGGAGAGCGGGGGGGCCAAGAGGAGAAGGUGCCUGAACGGCAGCCCCCCCAGGCGCCUCAAGAAGCGAGACAGGAGGCUGAUGCUGCUGGAGCCGCCCCUCGGAGGGGAGCUCGUGUGCCGGGGCUUCUACCCUCGCCUCUCCUGCUGCCCCAGGGCGGACAGCCAGGGCUCGCUGCACGUGGAGAACAAGAUCUUUUCUGUUACCAACAACACAGAAUGUGUGAAGAUGCUGCAGGAAAUCAAAUGUGCACACUGUUCGCCGAAUGCUCAGAAUCUGUUCCACUCAACUGAGAAGGAGGCAUUGGGAAGAGAACUAGUCCUUCCUUUCCUGUGCAAGGAUUAUUGUAAAGAAUUCUAUUACACUUGCAGAGGUCACAUACCAGGUUUCCUACAAACUACAGCGGAUGAUUUUUGCUUCUAUUAUACAAGAAAAGAUGGUGGCUUGUGCUUUCCAGAUUUUCCAAGAAAACAAGUUCGAGGACCAGCUUCUAACUAUUUGGACCAGAUGGACGAAUAUGGCAGAGUAGAAGAUAUCAGCAGGAAGCAUAAACACAACUGCUUUUGCAUCCAUGAGGUUGCGAGUGGCCUGAGGCAGCCUGUUGGAGCAACACAUUGUGGAGAUGGAUCACAGCGCCUGUUCAUCCUGGAGAAAGAGGGAUAUGUAAAGAUUUUCACACCUGAAGGGGAUUUAAUCAAGGAGCCAUUUCUGGACAUACACAAGCUUGUUCAAAGUGGAAUAAAGGGUGGAGAUGAAAGAGGACUCUUAAGCCUUGCAUUCCAUCCCAAUUACAAAAAAAAUGGAAAGCUGUAUGUGUCCUAUACCACCAACCAAGAACGAUGGGCCAUUGGGCCACAUGACCAUAUUCUUAGGGUUGUAGAAUACACCGUGUCGAGGAAAAAUCCACACCAGGUUGAUAUGAGAACAGCAAGAGGCUUUAUAGAAGUUGCAGAGCUACACAGAAAACACCUUGGAGGACAGUUGCUGUUUGGCCCUGAUGGAUUUUUAUACACAUUCCUUGGUGAUGGGAUGAUCACUAUAGAUGAUAUGGAGGAGAUGGACGGUUUAAGUGAUUUUACAGGUUCUGUGUUACGCCUGGAUGUAGAUACUGAUUUCUGCCAUGUGCCUUAUUCCAUACCACGGAGCAACCCACACUUUAACAGCACCAAUCAGCCUCCUGAAAUUUUUGCCCAUGGACUCCACAAUCCAGGCAGGUGUGCUGUGGAUCGUCACCCAACUGAUGUAAAUAUUAAUUUAACAAUACUUUGUUCAGACUCCAAUGGGAAGAACAGGUCCUCAGCAAGAAUCCUUCAGAUAAUAAAGGGGAAAGAUUAUGAAAGCGAGCCUUCACUUUUGGAAUUCAAGCCAUUCAGUAGUGGGCCGUUGGUUGGUGGAUUUGUAUACAGAGGCUGCCAGUCUGAAAGACUUUAUGGAAGUUAUAUAUUUGCAGACCGCAAUGGAAAUUUUUUAACACUGCAACAGAGCCCCGUGACCAAACAGUGGCAAGAGAAACCACUGUGUCUGGGCAACAGUGGUUCAUGUAGAGGUUUCUUUUCAGGACAUAUCUUGGGAUUUGGUGAAGAUGAAGUAGGUGAGGUCUACAUCUUAGCAAGCAGUAAAAGCAUGACACACUCACACAAUGGGAAGCUCUACAAAAUUGUUGACCCCAAAAGGCCUUUAGUCCCAGAAGAAUGCAAAAGAACAGCUCUUCCUGCCCAGAUAUUGACAUCUGAAUGCUCAAGGCAUUGUCGAAAUGGGCACUGCACUCCCACGGGAAAAUGCUGCUGUAAUCAAGGCUGGGAAGGCGAGUUCUGCAGAAUUGCAAAAUGUGAACCAGCCUGUCGACACGGGGGUGUCUGCAUACGACCAAAUAAAUGCAUGUGUAAAAAAGGAUAUCUUGGUCUUCAAUGUGAGCAAGUGGAUAGAAACAUCCGAAGAGUGACAAGGGCAGGUAUUCUUGAUCAGAUCAUAGACAUGACAUCCUAUUUGCUGGAUCUAACCAGCUACAUUGUAUAGUGUCUGGGACUUAUUUGGAUACCACAUUUUCAAUGGGCAUUUGUUUUUCAAAUCUUCUCUUCUCUUCUACCCCCCCCCCCAAAAAAAGACUCUUAUCCUGCUUUGAAACUCCAGUGGUUCCACUGGGUUUGUAGAUCUGCCUUUUUACCUUUUCAGAGAAGCAAAAACGUACAAUUCACGCACAAACAUCUGGUUGCAUAACUAGUGGAAUUCCAAAAUUAUAUUUCCUCAUGUGAAGUAGUUUACACAGAAAUGCCACUGUUACCACAAAUAAUUUCCAAUGGUGUCACUAUGAAUUAUUUGAUAUCCCACCAUUUUUUGUGUAUAACUAUCUGAGUAUAGCAAUCAGAAAAGGAGUUUUGAAACUGUUGGCCAUUAUUAAAUUUUGAUUUUAACCAUGGUUAAGAUAUUUGGCAGGUGGAUUCAAAUGACCAAUUGCCAUCAAAUUCAUGUAACAAUAAACACAUUGGUAUCCCCCCCCCCUUCCAUUAAAAGCUGUUCUCUGAACAGGAUGGGAAAAGGGUAUUGUAGUAAGAGCUAUUAUCCACUGGAAUCUUCAGAUGACCAAAUUAUGACAUUAAAAUUGCAGUUAUCGUAUCAAAAACAUGACCAUGUGAAUCCACCCCAUCGUUAUAAUACAAUGUUUCGGAACUCCUGAAUGCAUUCUUAUAUAGACAAUUCAUUGUAAGAUUGUAAUCUACACUUCUAUCAAUGUAACAGAAUGUUAUGCACUUAACUACUUUACCUGGCAUAGAUGCAAAAAUCUGGCUAUCGCAGCUUAAUUUCCACACUGUUUCAAGUUCUUCAUAAUUAAAUUAUAUCUGCAUAUUUUAAAACCAGUCAUUGUAGAAGGUCUGUUUUUUUGUUUUUUUACUGAAUAUCUUAUUUAACAAUGGGCACUGGGUUUGUGUUACAUAUUUAUAUUAUUUUAUUUUAUUUUAAUUUUUUUAUAAUAUAGACAUCAUCUAGAUGAACAGCUUUGCCAUGUCCUGUCAAAUACUAAAGUUACAUUUUUCUCCAAAUUAAUUGGAAUGACGGGGAGCGAAAGAGCAAACACACUCUUUAAUGUGUUGUGGACAUAAUGUAGAAAGGUAUCCUUGUGUCAGCCUUUGUUCGUAAUCGACGGAGAACAGCUGCAGCCAAUCAACCAGUCGCUGCAAACGUUGAUAGAGUUCUUUCCACUAUAUCAGGACUGGCCCAUUUUUAUAUGGUAUAUGAAUUUAUUGCAGAAUUCACAUUGAAUGGAACUUCACUGGAUGGGAGCUCACUUUAGCUAAAGUCUUGCCUGUGUUAAGAGGACACUUGUACAAAUCAUUAAAAAUAUGAUUAUUGCCAAAUAUGGUUCAAAAUGUAAAUGUUUCUUGGAGAGUUAACAUAAUGCUGUUUCCUCUUUGUAAAUGUAUCAAUAAAUUUGAUGUACAUGCUGUAUUCAGAAUUGUUAAAGUAUUGAUUAAUAUUGGAACUAUAGGAUCACCCCCAGAAUUUAAAAUGCUUAUUUCUGCAA